AUGGCUGCAGAUAAUACCGUGGCCAGUUCUUGGAGCAGAAUAUCGCUGUUCUUGACCGAGGAAGAACGGCAACGUGUCCUCUCAGGUCAAAGCCGGGCGAGAAUCAUCAAUAUUUGGCGCCCGAUGUUCAAUCAUGCCGAGGACAUUCCCUUCGCCGUGUGCGAUCCAAGGACCAACAUCGAUCUCGCCGAUGUUGUCUCGGUUGACCGCAUCACCCACGAAGCAGCCAAGGAAGUUGCCUACUUUUCCUGGAAUCCUGCCCACAGAUGGUACUGGAUGAGCAACCAGACCCCUGACGAGAUUGUUAUCAUGACACAGUACGACACCCACCCGCCAGUUGUACCCCAUGCUGCCUUUCGAAAUGGAGCGGCUCGGCCCGGCUGCCCAACGCGGUACAGUGUUGAGGCAAGGUUCAUUGUACUGGAGCCCGCGCCGUAUCAGAAGGAUGGGCCUGGUCCCAACGGUCCAUUCCCAGAAGAAAGUCGACUUCAGCCGUGGAAGGAGUGGGUUACACCGCCUGAGCCGAAGGCUGUCCCAGCUCCCACCGCUGAUGCAAGGCCAAUGUACUUCUAA